AUGUCGUCGGCCUACUAUAUUGGACCCUUCGGGCGUAUGUUACCUAUUGCCGAUGGUCCCGCGGAGCAAGAACCGGAUCGUCCAGCUAACCUAUCAGUUCCGGGAUCCCAUCCAUAUCAACUUCCACCGCCUCGUACUUCAGCACCAUUACAGUUUGGAACAGAUCCAUUCUUACGUCCACGAAAUCGAGCCGACAGGCUAGACGAGAGAGAAGAGCCUUCCGUUUACUCGAGCAGUCAUGGGUACCAGCAAACGAACGAGCAGCUUCCCUCUGUCAGUCAACUUCUUACACCUACCGCGCAAUUAAGCCGGUCGCCAUCACCAUAUAACCCAAGUGCUUUUGGGAUCUACUUGGCGCCACACGAGCCUGGAGAAUCACCCCAGCGCUAUAAUGAGACAACCGCGCCCCCUACACAGGCGCGCUCAAGCAUCUAUGAAAGAUCCAGGGCGUUCCCGGACGUAGCAACCUCGCCGCAAUCGAAAAACUUACCUCCUAUAUCUCACAUUUCGACUCAUGCUCCUGGCCGUAAUACGCCGACGUACUUGAGUAACAACUUGAAUUCAAUUCACCCGCCAUACCUACCUAGUUUUCAUGGCUAUAAUGAGGAACCCAACGGCAGAAAUUUCAUGAAGACCCCUUCACUCAGUACAACUGAGUUGAGUCAGCGCGGUGCUUCUGGCAAAUCAGCGAAACCUCAAGUACGUCUGCACGUCGUGGAUGAGCGUUUCAUUGAGGGUGAAGGCCUGUGUUAUAUAUACGCUGACGGCUCUCACUGCCCCAAAAUCAUUGAUGGCAUGCCAGUUAACGCCAACUGGGGGGUCACGAAAGCUGGCAAGCCUCGAAAAAGAUUAGCGCAAGCCUGUCUUACAUGCCGAGAAAAGAAGAUAAAGUGUCAUCCAAACCUGCCGAAGUGCGACCAAUGCCAGAAGUCUGGGAGGGAAUGCAGAUUUGAGAGUGCUCUCCCCUAUCUGAUGACUCCAUGCUUACGCCUUCUGCUGUGGAUAGCAACCAUAACAACAUUAGCGAUCCCGACCCGGCAAUAUGCGACAAGGCCGCAGCACCUUCCCGGUGAACGUGAGCGUAUGCCGCGGCAUUCAACAGGCAGCGCUGCCAGCUCACCAUCCGCGGACUACGCGGAGAUCUUGACGGAGAUCAAGGACUUGGAUGAACACGACCCACUGGCGACUGACUGGAGAACAGACCCUUACGCGGUCGAUCCGGAAUCUGCAACUCAUUUCACCGAAUUGUACUUCACAUACGUGAAUGACCGCUUAUACUAUUUGUUUCCGCGAAGAAGGUUUCUCCUUUGGCUCAAAUCAUGCCAUACGAAGUCUCUCGCCGAUAAUAUGCUUCUUUACUGCAUCAUGGCACUGGGAUCUGUCUUCUCAGACCGCCCUGGUAAGAUCACAGCUAUGAGGAGAUACUCCCGCAUUGCAACAUACGCCCUCGAGCACAGCCAGCACAGUCUAUCCUUACAGCUUGCACAGAGCCGCAUUAUAAUUAGCCUUUGGUACUACGCAAUUGGCGCACUCGUGAAAUCUUGGGAUGCUGCCGGCGCCGCGGUGCGAACGGUAUGCGGCCUGCGUUACAAUGUCGAAAUGGGGGGAGUUAUUGUAGAGCAAAGCCAGCCUUGCGAGUAUGGCCUACAUCCACAAGCUCUGAUAGAAUGUCGUCGGCGAACCUUCUGGAUCGCUUUUCUGACUGAUCGCCUGUCGUGCUUCUAUGCCCCUUCAACGACCUUCAUCUCCUCCCAAACAGCCUUCCUACGUCUCCCUUGCCGCGAAGAGAUUUACGAAGCCCAGGAAUAUACCACAGUUCCCUUCUUCCAAAAUUUCCUUAAUCAAGUCCCCUCCGAAUCGGACGAACUCUCCAACCUAAGCGUCUUGGCACUCCUCAUAGACGUGAUAUCACAUGAUGGGGCGAUCAUCCAAGCACGAAACACUGACCAUUUCAUCUCAAUUCACCUUUUGUAUCAUGCCGCCCUUUUAAAACUCAACCGUUACGCACGCGCACAGCUCCUUAGACCUGGAAUGGCAAAACAGUACGUUCACACAGCCCGCAACCAUGCUGCAGAGAUACUCCGCACCGCACUCGCGCUUGAACGCUACGCCUCCGAUCACAACGUCUCUCCAAUGACAGCUGACCCGACCCCAAGGUCCGAAACACUACUGCUGGAUCCCUUCCUUGGCUACAUAAUCCUCUCCGCAGUAGACGUUCUCAGCGCCGGUGGUCUAGUUAUCGACUUGCCUGAGUGCAUCAACCUUAUCCGCGGGGGACUUGACGUUGUCCGUGACCUCAGCAGCUUCUGGAACAGUACGAAGCCGCUGGUGUCGGCUACGGAAUCACGCUUAGAGGCGCUGAUUGAGGCGCACCGCUCUGUUUCUACGAGCCGCACCACACUUGAAGGGAGAGUGGCUUUCUUGUUCGAUGGCCCCUCGCUGGACAGUCAAAUCCAGAAUGGCGUGCAGAAGCAGGAUUCGUCCGUGAAUGAGGACCUACUAUAUGGCGGUCUGCCAAGGGAGCAGCUAUUCCUUGCGUUUGGGGUGAUGGAUGUGUCGUGUUCGUUGAGGAAUGUGGUUUGGGUUCGAGCGAGGCGUGAGUGA